CAGCCGCUAAAAGUCUCGUCUCAUCUGGUCCAGUUGAGCCGGCGGCGCUCGGCAGUAACAUUUCGAACGCUCACAGAGAGAGAGAGAGAGAGAGAGAGAGAGAGAGAGCAGGAGGGCGAGAGAGAGAGGCGAUGGCGAACCUCUCGAGCCUCGUUCACGAACUCCGCGAACGCAUCGCAGCGUCUUCAUCUACGCCUCCGAAUCGCGGAGACGACGAUGCCGUGGAGGGCAGAUUUCGUGCUGUUCUUCCUAAUCUCCUCCAUGCUUAUGUCGUCCCUUCUUCCUCAGCAAAUGAGAGAGAGGUCAUAGCUGUGUUGAAGCUUUUAUCUCACACUGCAAAGAAUUUCCCUGGAGUUUUCUACCAUGGGAAGGCUAGCGCAAUUUUACCUGUGAUUGGUCGGAUAUUGCCCUUCUUUGCAGAGCCUGCAUUCUGUUCUCGAUAUGGGGUGAUUUUUGAUACUGUUGGAUCCCUUUUAUCCUUGCUCCGUACUGGAGAUCGUGAUGCAUACCGUCAGUUUUUCGUUGACGCCAUGUUGUUGGUUGAAGAUCUUCUGCAUGUUGCAUCAUUUUGUGCUGAUCAAUCAAGCAUUACGGAAUCCACCAGAGUGUCUUUGAAGUGUUUCCACAACUCCUUUGUCGGAAUUUCUGGGGGCCCUGUUCUUCUCAUUGAUCUACCAGCAUGUAGCAAGCCUGUUGAUGGCUAUGGUAUUUUGAUUAACCUCACAAACAAACAAAGGUGGCGACCUUUUGCUACUUGGAUUAUUAAGAUCCUUAGUAAAUGCUUAACUGAGGGAACAUUAUAUGUUGAAGGUCUCAUCAAUGUAUCAUCUGUUGUAGCUGCAUGUACUCUCUUAUGUUAUGGAGAUGCUGACUUGCAUAUGGCAUGCUUUGAUUUUGCACGCAUUGCUGGAGCAGUAACAACUUACAAAAUUGUUCCAAGCAAGAAGCUAAUUCAGUCAAUAUCCCUUAUUUUAAGUUCUGAUGAGGAGGGGCUUCCAGUGUACAGCAACAAGGUUUAUGAUUCUUCCAUUGGUAGUUGCCUUCAUGCACUGUACUUGAGCUGUCCAGAUGAUGUUGUUAAGUCAACAGCUGCUGAUUUAGUCAGCAUUUUUCCUCAGUCAAUGCGAAGUACAAGAAGUCCUGAGCUAAAGCAUGCUCUGUGUAGUGCAUACGUACGGAUUGCAAAAACUUGUUCCCCUCAUAUUUGGAGGCCAGAAUAUCUUAUUUAUAUGCUUUGUUCCUCAGAACCUUGUUUUCCUUUAUUAGAAUGCUUUCAAGUAGCCUUUUGUAUACUUGGUCUUGAUUGUGUUGAAGAGGGAACAAUUAAUGAUGAUAGUAUGAGUUUAUCGACCUCAGCUGACCGAGGAGCUAAGGGUUCGAGAGUUGGAAAGAAAAGAAGAAAUCAACAUCCAGAAGCUGUUACUAGUAAACGUCAGAAGGUAGAUAGAGAAAAUAUUGCUUCCAGUGUUAAUGUUUGGGAUCAUAAGCUUAUUAAUAUCACUACUUGUGUAAAAGAAGAAGAAUAUGCAGAUUACAUGAGGACAUUGCUUCUUUCAUUUGUUGAACUUCUAGAACCUCCCAGUUCCGAGGUUAACUCGUUUGCACCGCAAGUUGCAUUAACCGCUGUUAGCAUGCUUUGCAUUGUUUUCUGUAAAUACCCGCCGACCCAUCUGUCACUUCGCGUUUUUCGACAGAUGAAUGCUUGGAUCCCUUGGAUACGUGAGCAGGCGAAGCAGGGAAAUUCAAUUUCAUUUGAUUUAUCCAUUUAUCUGGAAGCAGUUCACAGCAGCUUGCUUUUGCAAAGUCCUCUUGACAUUGAGAAUAAUAAGCUUCUCAGGAGUGAAGGUGAUGAUGCAGAUCUUACAAAUCUGAUACUAAAGCUUCCAUGGACCCAUACUCAUGUCAAAACUGAACCUAAUUCUUCAUGGAGAGCGAAAUGCCUCUCCAUUCAAGUCUUCGCCAAGAUUGGUCCUGGCUUAAAAACUGAAAGUGAUUUUGAAGCUUUGGAUUUGGGUCUUCGUGAUGAAGCUGAACAAGUUAGAAUUGAAGCUGUCAUUUCCAUGCCAGUGAUAAUCUUGUGGUCUGGUCUUGGUGUAUUGACACAUAUAUUCAAGAGGCUACAAUCUUUGGGGACAGAGAAGCAUGAGCAUGUAAAGAGAAUCAUUCCCCUUUCACUUGGUUAUUUGGCAUGCCUGUAUGGAUUAUCUACUGUUGUUGAUUGUCGGGAAGCGAGUGUAUGCAAAUUAUUCUUAAAUAACAAAAAUGAGAAGCAGAGUCGAACAGUAGAUCAUUUAUCGCAAGGAUUCUGGUGUAUGAGAUGUGAUAAAGGAGUUAUGCACAAUCAUGAGAUACAAUCUAUAGUUCUGCAACCACCUGAUAUUGAAAGCAUGGAGAUUGGUUCAGAUUGUGAUUUCAACCAUCUACAGUCUCUCUUUUUUAAGCUUCUUUAUGAUGAUUCUUCAGAAGAGGUUCAAGUUUCCUGUGUGGGUAUAGUUCAAAGGGUCCUUGUUCAUGGGACUACAGAAAUCCUACAGAAAACAAGAUCUGAAUGGGUUAAAUGUGUAGAAUUCCUACUCCUUCAUAGAAAGAAGGCUGUCAGAGAGGCGUUCUGUAGUCAGAUUAGUUUCUUCAUUGAGGAGCCUAUUUUAAGUUGUUUAUUUUCAAAUGGGGAUUCAUCAAGCAAAUCAAAUGGGCAAAGGUUUUUGGAUAAAAUAAAACAUGCUUUAGCAGCAGCAGAAGAUCCACAGAUUUUUGAAACUCUUCUAGAAUCCACAGCAGUGAUUAUGGCAGCUGUUGAUAUUGACAGUCAACUUUUCAUGUUCUCCCUUAUUUUGUUGGUUGAUCAGCUUGAUAAUCCACACAUUACUGUUAGAAUCACUGCAUCCAGGCUAAUACAUCGAUCUUGCUACUCCCAAAGUAGAGGUGGAUUUGAAUUGAUACUUUCUAAAGUUCUGCAGAUUCGAAAUGAGCUGUUUGAUUAUCUAUCUAUGAGGCUUGUGAGUCGUCCAAUUCUUGUAAGAGAGUUUGCAGAAGCCGUUAUUGGUGUUGAGAUGGAAGAACUUGUCAAGAAAAUGAUUCCCAUAGUUCUUCCAAAGCUGGUGAUCACUCAGCAGGAUAAUGGUCAAGCUGUUCUCUUAUAUGAGUUGGCCAAGUGUUUGAACACAGAAAUGGUUCCACUGAUAGUUAACUGGCUACCAAAAGUGCUUGCUUUUGCUCUACACCAAGAUGAUGGGAGAGAGUUACUCUCUGCUUUGCAGUUCUACCAUGUCCAGACUGGAUCUGACAACCAAGAAAUUUUUGCAGCUGCAUUACCUGCACUUUUAGAUGAACUUGUAUGUUUUCUGGAUGGUGGUGAUUUGGAUGAGACCAGCAAAAGGUUAAAGAGGGUGCCUCAGAUGAUAAAAGAAGUUGCUAGAGUUCUGACUGGUAGUGAAGAUCUCCCGAGUUUUUUAAGAAAUCAUUUUGUUGGUCUCCUUAACAGUAUUGACAGAAAAAUGCUUCACGCAGAGGAUCUGUCACUGCAGAGGCAAGCCAUGAAACGCAUAGAAAUGCUGAUUAAAAUGAUGGGGCCUCAUCUUAGUACUUACGUGCCAAAAUUAAUGGUUCUUCUCAUGCAUGCUAUUGAGAAAGAAUUACUCCAGGGAGAAGGUCUCUCUGUCUUGCAUUUUUUCAUUAGGCAAUUGGCAAAGGUAUCGCCAUCUAGCACUAAACAUGUAAUUUCUCAAGUUUUUGCUGCUCUGAUUCCUUUUUUGGAGAAAAACAAAGAAAAUCCUUGCUCAAAUUUGAGUAAAAUUGUGGAAAUCUUGGAAGAACUUGUGUUUGAGAACAGGGUUAUUUUAAAGCAACAUAUUCGUGAGUUUCCUCCAUUACCUAGCAUUCCUGCCUUAAUAGAAGUGAAUAAAGCGAUACAAGAAGCACGUGGGUUAAUGACUUUGAAAGAUGAGCUGCGAGAUGUUGUUGAUGGUUUGGAUCAUGAGAACUUGAAUGUGAGGUAUAUGGUAGCAUGUGAGCUGUGCAAACUGCUGAACCUAAGAUGGGAGGAAGUCACUACUGUGAUCACUGGGGGGACUGGUUAUGACAUGGAAAUUUUGAGCUCUUUGAUUACAUCCUUACUGAGAGGAUGUGCGGAAGAAUCCAGAACUUUAGUGGGACAGCGGCUAAAAUUAGUGUGCGCUGAUUGCCUUGGAGCACUAGGUGCUGUUGACCCUGCCAAAGUGCAGGGUUUUACAUCUCAACGCUUCAAAAUUGAAUGUUCUGAUGAUGAUCUUAUUUUUGAGUUGAUUCACAAGCAUCUGGCACGAGCUUUUAGAUCUGCUCCUGAUACCAUUAUCCAAGAUUCAGCUGCAUUGGCUAUACAGGAGCUGCUAAAGAUUGCGGGUUGUGAAGCAUCACUGGAUGAGAAUGUUGCGGCUUCUUUGUCAAAGACAGUCAAGGGCAAAGAACCUUCAAAAGUCCCUGCUUCCACAAUUAAGAAUGUAGGUGAUCCCACUGACAGUGGAAGAGGUCAGAAAUUGUGGGACCGAUUCUCUAACUAUGUUAAAGAGAUUAUUGCCCCCUGCUUGACCUCAAGAUUCCAGCUUCCAAAUGUGGGUGAUUCUGCAGCUGCUGGUGCAAUUUACCGACCUUCUAUGUCAUUCAGGAAAUGGAUAUUCUCUUGGAUAAAGAAAUUGACUGUGCAUGCGACUGGCUCUCGGGCAAGUAUUUUUAAUGCUUGUCGAGGUAUAGUGCGUCAUGAUAUGCAAACUGCAAUAUACCUUCUGCCAUAUUUAGUCUUGAAUGCUGUCUGCCAUGGUACAGAAGAUGCACGCCAUGGCAUCACAGAGGAGAUCUUAUCUGUUCUUGAAGCAGCAGCAUCAGAAAAUAGUGGGGCUGCAGUUCAUGGAAAUGCUAGUAGGCAAAGCGAAGUUUGCAUUCAGGCCGUGUUCACUCUUCUGGACAAUCUUGGACAAUGGGUGGAUGAUGUUGAACAAGAACUUGCUCUUUCCCAAUCUUUUCAGUCAUCUGCUUCCAAGCAACAUGCAUCUAAGUUAAAGGAUCAGAAUACACGGUCUUCUACUGAUAUGGAACAGCUCCUGACACAGCGUAAAUAUGUCUCAGAGCUUUUGGCAGCCAUUCCAAAGGUGACCCUUGCUAGGGCUUCCUUCAGGUGUGAGGCUUAUGCUAGGUCUUUGUUGUACUUUGAGUCUCAUGUGCGGAGAAAGUCAGGAUCUUUCAACCCAGCAGCUGAGAGGAGUGGCAUCUUUGAGGAUGAAGACAUCUCAUUUCUAAUGGAGAUAUACAGUGGUUUGGAUGAGCCUGAUGGUCUAUCUGGGUUGGCAUGUUUACGAAAAUCAUCAAGUUUACAAGACCAACUCUUAAUAAAUAAGAAAGCAGGAAACUGGGCUGAAGUUUUAACUUCUUGUGAGCAGGCUUUGCAGAUGGAACCUGCUUCAGUUCAAAGGCAUUCAGAUGUCCUUAAUUGUUUGCUAAACAUGUGCCAUCUACAAGCCAUGGUUACCCAUGUGGAUGGAUUGAUUUCUAGAAUUCCUCAAUACAAGAAAACCUGGUGCAUGCAGGGUGUGCAGGCAGCGUGGAGGCUAGGCAGGUGGGAUUUGAUGGAUGAGUACCUUAAUGGCGCUGAUGAAGAAGGCUUGCUCUGUAGCAGUUCUGAGAGUAAUGCAUCCUUUGACAUGGAUGUUGCAAAGAUUCUCCAGGCAAUGAUGAAGAAAGACCAGUUCUCAGUUGCUGAGAAAAUUGCACUGUCCAAACAAGCUCUAAUAGCUCCUUUGGCUGCUGCUGGCAUGGAUUCCUACAUACGGGCUUACCCUAUUGUUGUAAAGCUUCAUGUGCUGCGUGAGUUGGAAGACUUUCACUCUCUCAUUAAUGGUGAGUCUUUCUUAGAGAAAUCAUUUCAUAUGGAUGAUCUAGGAUUCUCAAAAAUAACAGAAAAGUGGGAAAACCGGCUCAGAUUUACACAACCGUCACUCUGGGCAAGGGAGCCACUUUUGGCUUUCCGGAGGCUGGUAUUUGGUGCCAGUGGUUUUGGUGCCCAAGUUGGAGACUGCUGGCUACAAUAUGCAAAGCUCUGUCGUUCAGCUGGUCACUAUGAGACAGCAAAUCGAGCAAUUCUAGAAGCUCAGGCCUCAGGCGCAUCUAAUGUACGCAUGGAAAAAGCUAAGCUUAUGUGGAGCACUAGGCGAUCUGAUUCUGCUAUUGCCGAGUUGCAACAGUCUCUCCUCAACAUGCCUGUGGAGGUUGUGGGAUCUGCAGCAAUAACAUCAAUCACUAGCCUCUCAUUGAUUCCACUAAAUCCACCACUGUUACUUUAUGAUACUCAAGCUUUGAAUGAGAAUAGAGAUAUUGCAAAGACCCUCCUUCUUUACUCGAGGUGGAUCCAUUACACUGGGCAGAAGCAGAAGGAAGAUGUGAUAUGCCUUUAUUCAAGGGUGAAGGAACUGCAGCCCAAGUGGGAAAAGGGGUAUUUCUAUAUGGCUAAAUAUUGUGAUGAAGUGCUUGUUGAUGCUAGAAAACGGCAGGAAGAGAAUUCGGAACUAGGUACGAAGCUAAUACCAACAGCAUCAGCUCUAGUUGCAUCUACAAGUUUAAAUACCGAGAAAUGUUGGUGGUCUUACGUUCCUGAUGUACUGUUGUUUUAUGCAAAGGGCCUUCACAGGGGCCACAAGAAUCUCUUUCGAGCCCUUCCAAGGUUGUUAACCCUGUGGUUUGACUUUGGCAGCAUUUAUCAAAGAAGUGGCUUAUCAUCCAAUAAGGAGUUGAAAAAUGUCCACAUGAAGGUGAUGAGCAUCAUGCGAGGCUGUUUGAAGGAUUUGCCAACAUACCAGUGGUUAACUGUUUUGCCUCAGUUGGUUUCAAGAAUUUGCCAUCAGAAUGAAGAAAUUGUUCGACUGGUCAAACACAUCAUCACUUCUGUCCUCCGACAAUACCCACAACAGGCACUUUGGAUUAUGGCAGCAGUUUCAAAGUCCACAGUUCCUUCAAGGAGGGAGGCAGCAGCAGAGAUCAUACAAGCUGCAAAAAAGGGUUCCAGUCCAGGAAGUGGUGGCAAUAGUUUGUUUGUUCAGUUUGCCACUUUGAUUGAUCAUCUGAUCAGGCUGUGCUUCCACCCAGGCCAGCAAAAGGCAAGGGCUAUCAAUAUAUCUACUGAAUUCAGUGCAUUGAAGAGAAUGAUGCCACUCGAAAUAAUUAUGCCUAUACAGCAAUCUCUAUCUGUUAGUCUACCAACCUAUGAUGCAACUCUGACUGAAUCAAUGUCAUCAGAUAUCUUCUUCGCCACAGAUCUACCCACCAUUUCAGGAAUAGCUGAUGAAGCAGAGAUCCUUUCAUCUCUUCAGAGGCCCAAGAAGAUUGUUCUUUUGGGAAGUGAUGGCAUUGAACGCCCAUUUCUUUGCAAACCAAAGGAUGAUCUCAGGAAAGAUGCACGCAUGAUGGAAUUUAAUGCUAUGAUUAAUCGUUUAUUAUCCAAAUGCCCAGAAAGCCGUCGGAGGAAGCUUUAUAUUCGCACCUUUGCUGUGAUUCCAUUAACAGAAGACUGUGGUAUGGUAGAAUGGGUGCCGCACACUCGUGGACUCCGACACAUUCUUCAAGACAUUUAUAUAGCUUGUGGAAAAUUUGAUAGGCAGAAAACAAAUCCUCAAAUUAAGCGCAUUUAUGAUCAAUGCCAGGGUAAAAUGCCAGAAGAUGAGAUGCUGAAGAACAAAAUCCUUCCAAUGUUCCCCCCUGCUUUCCACAAAUGGUUUUUGACCACUUUUUCUGAACCAGCUGCUUGGUUUAGGGCUCGGGUUGCUUAUGCACAUACAACUGCAGUUUGGUCAAUGGUUGGGCAUAUUGUGGGCCUGGGCGAUCGUCAUGGUGAAAACAUUCUCUUUGAUUCUACCGCUGGUGACUGUGUUCAUGUUGAUUUCAGUUGCUUAUUUGACAAGGGCUUGCAGUUAGAAAAACCUGAGCUGGUGCCUUUCAGGUUGACACAGAACAUGAUUGAUGGCUUAGGUAUUACUGGAUAUGAGGGCAUUUUCUUGAGAGCCUGUGAGAUCACACUUUCAGUACUGAGGGCGCACAGGGAAACUUUGAUGAGUGUUCUUGAAACUUUCAUCCAUGAUCCUCUUGUUGAAUGGACAAAAUCUCACAAAUCCAGUGGGGUAGAGGUUCAGAAUCCGCAUGCUCAGCGAGCCAUCAGUAACAUUGAAGGACGGCUGCAGGGAAUUGUUGUCGGUGUAGCUGCAGCACCAUCUUUGCCCCUUGCUGUUGAAGGUCAGGCUCGCCGCUUGAUUGCUGAAGCUGUCUCACACAAAAAUCUUGGGAAGAUGUAUAUAUGGUGGAUGCCCUGGUUCUGAGCAUUGCUGUGAGCUGAAAUAAUCACAAAGAUUGUGCAUGGGCUAGGUAUGGUUUUCCAUUCCAUUGCUUUUUUGUUUAAAAGAAUUUAUUUUCUGUAUGAUUGGCAAGAUUUUUUUAACGAAUUUCUGAUGCAACAGUAUUUAGAGGCUAGAGGACUGGAGCUGGUCUAGGAAGAACUACAUGUUUACCUACCUGCGUAGACACUUCUUCAGUGUUCAGAUCUAGCCCGCUUUCACUGAUUAACAUCAGAUAGAAAGCACUUGUCUUGAGGACUCCACAGUCGUCAUAAUGUCAUGUCAAUAUUUAAAAGCAGCUGUGAGAUGAUAUUUGAAACUUCAGUAAUGCCUCUGAUAUGUGUCAACACAUUAGUGGAGCCACACUAUCAGGUGGACUGUGGCCCCUGCAAGAAUUUCAAACUCUUUUCAGAAAUUUGGGGUUGUGAAUCUGAAAUUUUGUGAAUUUGGAUUAUUUUCUGUACAAUUUUGUACUAAAAAAGUUGUCUAAAUCUAAAUUCACACUAUUGCAUAUUCAUUCACAAAUUUGUAAUACCAAACAGUAGAUUAAUGUGUUUUUUGAGUCUUUACUAUGUUUUCAUGCAGUUUUCAGGUGAUAAUGGAAUAUCUGUCAUCUCAAGUUUUGCCUAUGACCCGAAGAUCACAUAUCCGGAGAUUCAGAAUGGUGUUUUCUCAAUUCUUUCACUAACUAAUCUUAGUGUGGGAAAUAGAAUUCUUUAUUCAGCUUUUGGUUUUUGUUGAGAUGACCGCUAUGAUGAUUACCCCGGUGAAUGUACCUCAAGGUAUUCUAUUUCUCUUGCUUGCAGAUGCUUUGAAAUAAUGUUGCCUGCUAGCAACAGGUUAGUUCUUUGUUCACCUGUCGUCCAUGUUAAAGCACUGUCUAGGUUCAACAAUGAAUAGCACACAAUUGAGAUGAAUGGAUUAACCUCUCAGUUGAACCUAUAAUUUCCAACAGUAUAUGGAUGACUAAAUUGACUGCGUAAACACCCAAUAAUCUGAUUUGCUCAGUGAAUGCAGAUCCUAUUCAUCAAGAAUCUGUCUGUAUUUCUGAACAUAGAUAUGCUAAAGUAUGGUUACUUAAUCACUGCUAGUAUUCUAAGCUGCUCCCAUGCAAGUAUAAGUUUGGCAAAGCUAAAACAAACUGGGCGGUUACUUGAGCGUUCGAUGGGGUUAACCUAUUAGUUGUUUAAAAGUCUGGAUUUGACAUAUUAUUUCUUAUGUUUGCCAUUGCAGUUUGCAUCUGGUUACAGAAAUCACUCUUGUCCAGCUCUGAUGAUGUUCAGUGAAUGGAUGAACAGUUGGAACUCGCGGUAUGGUUGAAGCGUAAACAAUCCAGAGAUGUUGGGGAUUGUGACAAGGAGGUCCUUUUUCAGUUAGAUAAUGAGAAGUCGUCAAAGUUGAAGGUUGUAUGCUGUCUUUACACUGGUGUGUGGACCAUACAUGUUUCGAUCUCAUCCUGGCUUCUCUUUUAAGUCGAAUGGUCUACCGAUGUUUGUGGCAUAUAUACCUGCUUAUACUAUCCAUGUAUAUAUCCCUGUUUAUUAGCGUGAGAUAGGUAAUUACUUGUCUGAUGCCAAUUUCUAUGGUCAAUCUAGAAAUGGUGAAUCAAUAUAUAUUUUUUAAAAUUAGAAUUUCCUGUUGUAGAUGAUAGUGUUGUAUUACUUGACCCAAGAAAGUGGGAAAACAAAUCCUGUAUAGUUACUCUAUAUAUGGUUCUUGAAAUCUGAAUCAUCAAAUUGUUUUUCAAUAGAUUUGAAUCAUUUGAUAA